UAAAAUAAAUUUUUUUGUUCAACUAAGGACUGAUAAUUAUUUUUUGCUCCAUCACUAUUCACUAAUUUUAUAAUUAAACCAGGGACCCGUUGAAAUAAAUCUCCUCUUAUAAGCCUCCCUUCCGCCACUCCGCGCCUUCUGCUCCGAGCGAACCGACUCCGAGAGAUAAAGCGGACUUCCGGCGGCGGUGAAGGAAGAUAUGAUCAUUCCCGUGCGUUGCUUCACCUGUGGGAAGGUGAUUGGCAACAAAUGGGAUACGUAUCUCGAUCUUCUCCAGGCGGAUUACUCUGAGGGGGAUGCUUUGGAUGCUUUGGGCCUGGUUCGGUAUUGCUGCAGGCGAAUGCUCAUGACUCAUGUUGACCUCAUUGAGAAGUUACUGAAUUACAAUACUCUUGAGAAAACAGACCCCAAUUAAGGUGAUAGCCGGUGGCAUGUGGACUUUCCUACCAUCAAGAGUCGAAUCAUGGGUGGCAUCACAUCCAGUUUUAUGCCUAGUAGAGAUGGCCCAAUUUGUAUUACAUUUGUUACAAAAGUGGGUCCAUGAGACAGACAUGUGAGUUGAAGUGAUAAUUUAAAAAUGGGGUAGAAGAGACUUUGUUGAUGCUUGUUUAUUAAUCUAAUCAAGAAAUCCCGUGUUGGUAAAUGUAUUGAAUUUUUUUGUUA